GCAAGGGCGCGGAGGGCGGCCCCAAGAGCUGGGCGGGCGCCAUCUCGAGGGAGUUGCGACGCGGGGCGCUCAUGCCGGUUCCGCCUCUGGCCCCGCCGCUGGCUGCGCCGCCAGGACCACUCGGUGCCGCUCUGAGGUCGCGCGGCCGGUACCACCUGGCGCGGAGCUGCUAG